CCUUUGAUCAACCAAGUCGUAGCAGAGGAAAGUCCGAGUCACGACCGGAAGUUUACAACAUCCACCAAACAAGCUAACGCAGUUGUGUUUAGGUUUUGACCAGUCGGCCGACAAUCCUCUGUUUUAACAAACAAAGACUAAAGAUGGUUUGUGAAAAAUGCGAGAAGAAGCUUGGUAAGGUCAUCACACCUGACACUUGGAAGGACGGGGCUCGUAAUACAACAGAGGGUGGUGGGCGUAAGUUAAAUGAAAACAAGCUCCUGACUUCAAAAAAGGCGAGGUUUGAUCCUUACAGUAAGUCGGGCUUUUCCAUCUGCAGGAUCUGCAAGAGCUCAGUUCAUCAGGCUGGAUCACACUACUGCCAGGGCUGUGCAUACAAGAAAGGAAUCUGUGCAAUGUGUGGAAAGAAAGUGCUGGACACCAAGAACUACAAGCAGACAUCCGUGUGACAGCAUUCCGAUAAGAGGAACAGUUUGACAAGUGACUUACAGAUGUGAGGAUGAGACUGGGGUGUUUGAAUCAUCAUGUUUUCUGUAUUUUUCUGUAUUUCCCUGUCAUAGACAGCCAAAUAUUUAUUUACCAUAAUUCCACCCAAGUGAGAGAAAUAUUUGAAAGUAGCUGUUAUUAUACCUACCGUAGCUGUUAAAUAUUGCUACUAGAAUGUAAUACAGUGACUACACAGGGUAGCAUUGUUGUCUCAAAAUAAGCCACCAGUUAUCUUCUGUUUUAUCAUAUGUCAACUAAUUUUGUGUAUAUUGUAAAUUAAAACUCAGACUAAUUUUUUUUGCUUUUAAAAUAUAAUGGUUUUCUUUUGUUAUAUGUUAAAUGUUGCAUUUUUGGAGUGAAUUAAACCAUCUAAUGUGAGGA